AUGUCUCGAAGGCAGGUCGACCAUGACUACAGCCUCCGUAGUAUGAGCAACCUGAUGGGCGACCGGUGGAAGAAAGUGAAUGACGGAGGAGAGCGGAGUCUAGUCAAGGCUCCGUCCAGCGCCAGCAUCAGCUGUCAGGGCGCUGCUGCCGGAGCUUCCGCCGCCGGUGCCCCAGUACCAGCCUCCUCGUCCUCCACUGGGGACCUGGAGAGGGCUGCCCGCAAGCAGUUCCAGCAGGAUGUCACGCCCGGCUUCGUCUACGUUCUGGCCGUCUUCUCCGCCCUGGGGGGCUUCCUUUUUGGCUACGACACUGGGGUGAUCUCCGGUGCGAUGCUCCUGCUGAAGAGGGAGUUGGACCUGAGCGCCCUAUGGCAGGAAGUACUCAUAUCAAGUACUGUGGCCGCGGCUGCCCUAUCUGCCCUGCUGGGCGGCUUCCUUAACGGGCUAUUCGGGCGCAGAGUGUGCAUAUUGCUGGCCAGCUUCUUCUUCACCAUCGGGGGGAUCGUGCUGAGCACCGCCCCCGGCAGAGAGGUGCUCCUGACUGGGAGGCUCAUCGUCGGAGUGGGGCUUGGUAUAGCCUCUAUGACAGUACCCGUGUACAUCGCUGAGGCUUCUCCACCCCACCUCAGGGGUCAGCUGGUGACUGUUAACACCCUCUUCAUCACUGGGGGACAGUUCACUGCCAGCCUCAUUGAUGGUGCCUUCAGCUACCUGCAGCGUGAUGGGUGGAGGUACAUGUUGGGUCUGUCAGUCCUUCCCGCCGUGCUCCAGUUCAUGGGAUUCCUGUUCCUGCCUGAGAGCCCUCGCUGGUUAAUCCAGCGUGGGCUGACCCAGAAGGCCCGCCGCGUGCUCAGUCAGAUCCGAGGCAAUCAGAAUAUCGACGAGGAGUAUGACAGCAUCAAGAACAGCAUUGAGGAGGAGGAGAAAGACAGCGGAGGAGAUGGCCCGGUGAUCUGGCGGAUGCUGACCUACCCCCCGACUCGGCGAGCCCUCCUGGUGGGCUGUGGUCUUCAAAUGUUCCAGCAGCUUUCAGGAAUCAACACCGUAAUGUACUACAGCGCCACAAUCCUGCAAAUGUCAGGAGUGCGGAAUGACAGGCUGGCAAUCUGGUUGGCCGGGCUCACCACCCUCACCAACUUCUUGUUUACCAUGCUGGGAGUGUGGCUAGUGGAAAGAGUGGGACGCAGGAAGCUCACUUUGGGCAGCAUUAUAGGUACAUGUCUGAGUUUGAGUUUGUUGGCCAUCGGUUUUCUGGUAUCUGCCCAGCACAGUCCUCUUGUCACUUUUCACCCAUUAGACCCUGCCAUGGCCAACUCUACCUGCUCCAAGUACCAGCUGUGUGAGCCCUGCAUGCUGGAUCCUGUAUGUGGUUUCUGUUACCGUGAGAAUGGCUCCGCGCUCCUCACUUCCUCCUGUGUUCCAGUCAAUAAGGCCUCCACCGAGCAAGCAGCAUGGGGCAGAUGCUCCAACUCCAGCCUGAUGAGAGAUCAGACCUACUGGGCCUACAAUUACUGUCCCACCUCCUACUCCUGGCUGGUUUUACUGGGUCUGGUGCUCUACCUUGCUGCUUUUGCUCCAGGGAUGGGUCCAAUGCCAUGGACUAUCAACUCAGAAAUCUACCCUCUGUGGGCAAGGAGCACAGGGAAUGCCUGUGCAGCUGGAAUCAACUGGACCUUCAACAUUCUUGUCUCUCUCACCUUCCUCCACCUGGCUCAGUACUUCACCUACUACGGAGCUUUCUUCCUCUACUCCAGCCUGGCCUUGCUAGGUUUCGCAUUCAUCUAUGGCUGCCUGCCAGAGACCAAAGCCCGGCGUCUGGAGGAGAUUGAGGUGCUGUUUGAAAACCAGCUUUGUUCAUGUGGUGCCUCCGAUUCAGACGAAGGACGGCAGGUCGAGUACAUUCGGGUCAAAGGUUCAAACUACCAUCUAUCGGACAACGACGCAUCUGAUGUGGACUAG